ACGCAGCCAGCGUCAUUGAUUUCUAAGAAGCCUAACAAAUAUAAAGGGCAGCAAAUUGUUGUCUAGUUUCUUAGAGAUUUUACAAUCUUGAGACUCAAGAGUUUGAGGAACCUUAAGAAAAACCUGAACAAAUAUUUGGUUAUUUCUUGGCUUCUUGAGAUGAACUGGAAUUGGGGAGAAGCUGAAUUGACUACCCACCCAGCACAGCAUCUUACAGGAAAAGAAUAGCAUUUCCUAGAGGAAUAGGAGCAUAACAGGAAGGUGUCAUUGACUGAAUUAAAUUUUUAACCUGUCCCCUGAACAGCUACAGGAUUUGGAAGCUGAAUCAAUGUUAUCAGAUGAGUUAGAAUCCAAACCAGAGCUCCUGGUACAGUUUGUUCAGAAUACGUCCAUCCCAUUGGGACAGGGGCUAGUAGAAUCAGAAGCUAAAGACAUUACUUGCUUGUCCCUCCUUCCAGUGACUGAGGCCCCAGAAUGCAGUCGGCUAAUGUUACCAGAUGAUACUCCAAGUCAUACAAACUCCUCCAAGGAGGUCCCUUCCUCAGCUGUGUUGAGAAGCCUUCAGGUGAAUGUGGGCCCAGACGGAGAGGAGACGAGGGCUCAGACUGUACAGAAGUCCCCGGAGUUUUUGUCCACUCCAGAAUCUCCUAGCUUGUUGCAAGAUCUCCAGCCGAGUGAUAGCACUUCUUUUAUUCUUCUUAACUUAACAAGAGCAGGUCUGGGAUCUUCAGCUGAGCACUUAGUAUUUGUACAAGAUGAGGCAGAGGAUUCAGGGAAUGAUUUCCUCUCCGGUGAGAGCACGGACAGUAGCAUUCCAUGGUUCCUCCGGGUUCAGGAGUUGGCUCAUGAUAGUUUGAUUGCUGCUACUCGCGCACAGCUGGCAAAGAAUGCAAAAACCAGCAGCAAUGGAGAAAAUGUCCACCUCAGUUCUGGCGAUGGGCAGCCCAAAGAUUCUGGGCCCCUUCCUCAAGUGGAAAAGAAGCUCAAAUGUACAGUUGAAGGCUGUGACCGGACAUUUGUGUGGCCCGCUCACUUCAAGUACCAUCUCAAAACGCAUCGAAAUGACCGCUCUUUCAUCUGUCCUGCAGAAGGUUGUGGGAAAAGCUUCUAUGUGCUGCAGAGACUGAAGGUGCACAUGAGGACCCAUAAUGGGGAGAAGCCCUUUGUGUGCCCCGAGUCUAGCUGUGGUAAGCAGUUCACUACAGCUGGAAAUCUGAAGAACCACUUGCGCAUCCAUACAGGAGAGAAGCCUUUUCUGUGUGAAGCCCAAGGAUGUGGCCGUUCCUUUGCGGAGUAUUCUAGCCUGAGAAAACAUCUGGUGGUUCACUCAGGAGAGAAGCCUCAUCAGUGUCAAGUUUGUGGGAAGACCUUCUCUCAGAGUGGGAGUAGGAACGUGCACAUGAGAAAGCAUCACUUGCAGCUGGGAGCAGCUGGGAGUCAAGACCAGGAGCAAACCGCUGAGCCGCUAAUGGGCAGUAGUUUGCUCGAAGAGGCUUCAGGAACCAGUAAAAACCUGGUGCCUAUGAACUCCCAGCCGAGCCUUGGUGGAGAGUCCUUGAACCUACCAAAUACCAAUUCUAUCCUAGGAGUUGAUGAUGAGGUGCUUGCUGAAGGAUCCCCGCGUCCCCUGUCUUCAGUGCCUGAUGUGACACAUCACUUGGUGACCAUGCAGUCAGGGAGGCAAUCCUAUGAGGUUUCUGUGUUAACUGCUGUAAAUCCACAGGAGUUACUAAACCAAGGAGAAUUAACUGAAAGCCGGACAUGAGCAUGGACACCGACUCCUGGAAGAGGAGCGCUCUCUGAUCCCAGAGUGCACAUAGUGGGAGCAGGAUGCUUCUAGAGGCUCGUGGUCUGCCAGAACUGAAUGAAUCUGUGAAGGACAGGACCCCGCUUCUGCCUCUGUUCACCUUCCCGGACAGAGAUGAUGAGUGUGGGAGCGCUUCUUUUCAAACCACCUCUGAUCCAGAUAAGGACGAAAGCGGUGAAUGUGGGCUGGGUAACUGUACCUACCUCUCUUCCCACUAUGAAAUUUUGGGAUGGACUUCUCCCAAAAGGGAAUUUGAUUAUGUGUUGGCUGAAAUUUCUUCGGUAUGACUCUUAGAAAGGGAUUUUCCUUUGAAGAAUUUACAUCCCAGGCUCAGCUGUCUUUUCAUAUGGAUGAACUAAGUCCUGCCACCAACCACAAAACUUCACCAAGAAGUUGAGCUUUCAAGAUGCCUUGUUGCUUUCGAGAAGGGAGGGAUGUCAGUUCUGCUGUGGCAUUCUCCCUUUAGCAACCUGAGUAAGAGACUCUCUGCCCCUGGGCUGCAAAAAAAUAAAUUACUUGAAUCCCUA